AACAAUGAUAUGAACCCUUCAACAUAUGAAAAUGAACCCACCACCAUCAUCACUACCCUUUUCCACCAUACACAUUCAAAGGGUUGGUUUAUGCUUCUGCCAUACGAUUAUAAAAACAUUGCAACAUAGCACUCUCAUUUGAACCUUGAGGGGUAUGACCAAGACCAUAACCAAGAAAACAAGAACAGAAUGAUGGAAUCUAGUGUUCAGUUGUGCAAUUCUUGUGGGGAACAAAUUGGAGUUGAUGCUAAUGGAGAGGUGUUUGUGGCUUGUCAUGAGUGCUAUUUUCCAAUCUGCAAAGCUUGUUUUGAUUAUGAAAUGAAUGAGGGUCGCAAAGCUUGUCUGAGAUGUGCUACUCCCUAUGAAGAAAGAUCCAAAAAUGAUGAUGACACCAAGGUUAAUGGAAAUCGGUCAACAUCAAUGGCUUCUGAGCUCAGUAUUUCUCAGGAUGUUGGAAUCCAUGCUAGGCAUGUCAGUACUGUGUCCACAGUGGAUAGUGAGUUAAAUGAUGAAUAUGGGAAUCCAAUCUGGAAAAAUAGAGUGGAGAGCUGGAAGGAGAAGGAUAAGAAGAAAAACAAGAAGAAAAAGGCUGAAUCUAAGGCCGAAAAUGUGGCGCCAAUUCCCCCGGAACAGCAGAUGGAAGAAAUACAGUCCUCAGAGGCUGCUGCUGCUGAGCCACUCUCAAUUACUAUUCCAAUAUCGAAAACAAAAAUGGGACCAUACAGAUUUGUGAUAAUCAUGCGUCUGAUAAUCUUAGGUCUCUUCUUCCAUUACCGAGUCACAAAUCCUGUUGACAGUGCUUUUGCUUUGUGGUUGACAUCUAUCAUCUGUGAGAUCUGGUUUGCAUUUUCAUGGGUGUUAGAUCAGUUCCCUAAAUGGUAUCCCAUCAACAGGCACACUUUUAUUGACAGGCUUUCUGCCAGGUUUGAAAGAGAGGGUGAACCAUCUCAGCUUGCUGCUGUGGAUUUCUUUGUCAGUACAGUGGAUCCAUUGAAGGAACCGCCCCUGAUCACGGCUAACACAGUGCUUUCUAUUCUUGCUGUGGACUACCCUGUGGAUAAAGUAUCCUGUUAUGUGUCUGAUGAUGGUGCUGCAAUGCUUACAUUUGAAUCCCUUGUGGAGACAGCUGAUUUUGCAAGAAAGUGGGUUCCGUUUUGCAAGCAGUACUCGAUUGAGCCGCGAGCGCCUGAGUUCUACUUCUCUCAGAAGAUUGACUACCUCAAAGACAAAAUUCAACCUUCUUUUGUGAAGGAACGUAGAGCUAUGAAGAGAGACUAUGAGGAGUAUAAAGUAAGAAUCAAUGCUUUGGUAGCCAAGGCACAGAAAACACCAGAAGAAGGAUGGACUAUGCAAGAUGGAACCCCUUGGCCUGGGAAUAACUCGCGCGAUCACCCUGGCAUGAUUCAGGUUUUCCUUGGACACACUGGUGCACAUGACAUAGAAGGGAAUGAACUUCCUAGGCUGGUGUAUGUUUCCAGAGAGAAAAGGCCAGGUUACCAACAUCACAAAAAGGCUGGUGCUGAAAAUGCAUUGGUGAGGGUCUCAGCAGUUCUCACAAAUGCUCCCUUCAUUCUCAAUCUUGAUUGUGAUCAUUAUGUUAACAAUAGCAAGGCUGUCCGGGAAGCAAUGUGUUUUCUUAUGGAUCCAGAAGUUGGUAGGGAUGUCUGUUAUGUGCAGUUCCCCCAGAGAUUCGACGGUAUUGAUCGCAGUGAUCGAUAUGCAAAUCGCAACACAGUUUUCUUCGACGUUAACAUGAAAGGACUUGAUGGAAUUCAAGGACCUAUGUAUGUGGGAACUGGAUGUGUUUUCAAUAGACAAGCUCUUUACGGUUAUAGUCCACCUUCCAUGCCCAACUUACCAAGAUCUUCUUCAUCAUGCUGCUGCUGCUGCCCCUCAAAGAAGGCCAAAAAAGAUGUCUCUGAGCUUUAUAAAGAUGCAAAGAGGGAAGAACUUGAUGCUGCUAUUUUUAAUCUUAGGGAGAUUGAAAAUUAUGAUGAAUAUGAGAGGUCAAUGCUGAUUUCACAGAUGAGCUUUGAGAAAACAUUUGGCUUGUCCACUGUUUUCAUUGAGUCCACAUUGAUGGAGAAUGGAGGUGUUCCUGAUUCUGCAGAUCCCUCAAUGCUGAUCAAGGAGGCCAUUCAUGUAAUUGGCUGUGGAUAUGAAGAGAAGACUGAAUGGGGAAAAGAGAUUGGUUGGAUUUAUGGAUCAGUGACAGAGGAUAUCUUAACUGGAUUCAAGAUGCACUGUAGAGGAUGGAGAUCAAUUUACUGCAUGCCAUUAAGGCCAGCAUUCAAAGGGUCAGCACCAAUCAACUUGUCUGAUAGGUUGCACCAAGUUCUUAGGUGGGCCCUUGGAUCAGUUGAAAUCUUCUUCAGCAGACACUGCCCUUUGUGGUAUGGAUUUGCAGGUGGACGCCUCAGAUGGCUUCAGAGACUAGCUUACAUAAACACCAUUGUCUAUCCUUUCACAUCACUUCCUCUAGUUGCUUAUUGUUCCUUGCCAGCAAUUUGCCUUCUCUCUGGAAAGUUCAUCAUUCCAACGCUAUCAAACCUAGCAAGUGUACUCUUUCUUGGACUAUUUCUGUCCAUCAUAACCACCAGCAUCUUGGAGCUUCGAUGGAGUGGCGUGACCAUCGAAGCAAUAUGGCGAAACGAGCAGUUCUGGGUCAUAGGAGGCGUCUCGGCCCACCUCUUCGCCGUCUUCCAAGGUUUCCUGAAGAUGUUAGCAGGCAUUGACACAAACUUCACAGUCACAGCAAAAGCUGCAGAUGACACAGAGUUUGGUGAACUCUACAUCAUAAAAUGGACCACACUCUUGAUCCCUCCAACAACUCUGAUCAUAGUUAACAUGGUUGGUGUUGUUGCUGGUUUCUCUGAUGCACUCAAUGGAGGUUAUGAGUCUUGGGGGCCUUUAUUUGGCAAAGUUUUCUUUGCAUUUUGGGUUAUUUUUCAUCUGUAUCCAUUCCUCAAAGGUCUCAUGGGUCGCCAGAACAGAACACCAACCAUUGUUAUACUUUGGUCAGUGUUGUUGGCAUCAGUCUUCUCUCUUGUUUGGGUUAAGAUCAAUCCCUUUAUCAGCAGAACUGACAGCUCAACCAUCUCAGGGACUUGCAUUUCUAUUGAUUGUUAAAAUCUCACAAUUAUCAAACAGUUUUGAUCAUAUGGUAUUUGUGAAAGAUUUCAUUUGCUACAGUGUGCAAAGUCAUAAAAUGUGUAACUAUUUUUCACCAGGGUUAAAAACUCUCUUGAUAUA